AUGCUUCGUAACUCUCAAUAUUUUAUUAGCUCAAAUGCACUAAGUGCAGAAUCAAAGUAUUGUAUGGAUCAACAGUCACGCCAUGAGCACGAGAAAACGAAAAAAGCAUCAGCCAAGGCAAGUAAAAAACUGCUAUACGUAGCCGUUGGCAAGACGACACUACUCAAAGUACUAAUUAAUGCAGAGAAAUUACGCAUACCUAACAAAUAUGAGCCUACUGUAAGUACUGGUUGGCUAGCAUCAUUUAUUGCAUAUUUUUGUGCUUGCGCUUAUAAGUUCACUGAAAACUUGAAGAAAGUCAAAAUUUUUGACUUUGAGGGCUAUCAAUGUGCAGAUAAAAUACUGGAACCAUUUUCUUUCAAAAUUUAUGAUACAUCUGGCAAGACUCGCUAUGAUCGUUUGCGCCAAUUAACUUAUCUUGACGUGAAUGUAGUAGUGAUUUGCUUCUCGAUCGAUUCUCGAAAAUCAUUUUGGAACGCUGAGCAUCGAUGGUAUGAUGAGAUUAGAUAUGGCUUUUGUCCCAAGAACGUACCAUUUGUCUUAGUUGCAACAAAAUGUGAUCUCCGAGGAGAUUCAAGUACUGUAGAAAAAUUGGAGAAAGAGCGAAUUAAUUUAAUUUCCACAGAAGAGGGAAAAAAGUUGGCAGAACGUAUUAAUGCAUAUGCAUAUAGAGAAUGUACCAGUAAAAACCGAGUAAUCCAUUCCAAAUUUUGA